GCAUUUGUGUUCAGUGAUUAUUUAUUUUGUGGUGGCACAGGUUAAUGUGACGAAUUAUUGAUAAUUUGAUUUUAAUUUAGCUUCAAAAUGCCUUAUUGGUAUUAUGAUAAAAAAGAUUUGCAAAAUACGCCGUCUUUUCGCGAUGGGAUCAGUAACGAAACGGAAAAUAGGUAUCGGAAAGAAGGUGCGCGGUUUAUCAUCGACACUGGCUCGAAAAUGGACUUAGGUUAUAAUACAGUGGCGACUGGUGUUGUUUAUUUUCAUCGUUUUUACAUGUUCCACUCGUUCAGAACUUUUCCGAGGUACAUAACCGCGUGUUGUUGUUUAUUCCUGGCGGGUAAAGUGGAAGAGACGCCGAAGAAGUGUAAAGAUAUAAUAAAAGUGGCCAAAUCUUUGCUCACGGAAGAGAAGUUCGGGUCUUUCGGUGAGGACCCGAAGGAGGAGGUGAUGACGCUGGAGCGCAUCCUGCUGCAGACGAUCAAGUUCGACCUGCAGGUGGAGCACCCGUACGGCUACCUUCUGAAGUACGCCAAGUGCCUGAAGGGCGACAAAGCCAAGCUACAGAAGAUGGUGCAGAUGGCCUGGACUUUUGUCAAUGACAGUUUAUGUACCACAUUAUGCCUGCAAUGGGAACCAGAAGUCAUUGCUGUGGCGCUUAUGUUCCUCGCAGGAAAGCUCAGCAAGUUUGAAGUGGUGGACUGGAAUGGACGGACACCGAAGCAUAACGCGUGGUGGGACAUGUUCGUUGAAGAUAUUACUAUGGAACUUUUAGAAGAUAUUUGCCACCAGGUGCUAGACUUGUACUCGCUGCAAGCGCAGCCCGCGGGCGCCGAGUCCCCGCCGGCGCCGGCGCCGCAGGCGCCAAAAAACGACAAGAAACCGCCCUGCGGUACUCCGCCAGCUUCCGCAUCUCCUGUCGCCGUUGCUAAGCCGCCGGUCACGCCCAUCAAGAAUGGGGAACCCAAGCCGGAGCCGAAGCCGGAGCCGCGCUACGCGUUCCCGGCGUUCCCCGCGCCGCCGCCGCCGCCCGCCGCCUUCGCCGGGCCGCCGCCGGGUGAGCCAUGGCACGUGCCGCCGCCCCGGCUGCCGCCGCCGCCGCGCCUGCCGCCGCUGGUGUACGGCGAGCCGGCGGGCGCGCGCUUCGGGCCGCCGGUGCCGCCGCCGCCGCCGCCGGUGGGCGUGCCGCCGCCCGGCUACUUCCCGGCGCGCGGGGCCCCGCCCCCCGGCCCGCCGCCCGGGCCUCCGCUGCGACCCUACUACCCGCCGCCGUGA